AUAAUUCAUACAAUUUUGGAACGUGAUGCAAACCAUGGGGAUACUAUUUGGAACACUGCAGUCGUUAUUGAUAAUAAAGGAGAGGUUUUGGGCAAACACAGAAAAAAUCACAUUCCAAGAGUUGGAGACUUUAAUGAGUCGACUUAUUACAUGGAAGGAAACACUGGCCAUCCUGUUUUUGAGACUGAUUUUGGAAAACUUGCCAUAAACAUUUGUUACGGUCGACACCAUCCACUCAAUUGGACUAUGUUUGCAAUUAAUGGAGCAGAGAUCAUCUUUAAUCCUUCGGCAACUAUUGGGUCCUUAAGUGAACCCCUGUGGCCAGUAGAGGCUCGCUGUGCAGCAAUAGCUAACGGGUGCUUCACAGUGGCCAUAAAUCGUGUGGGAACAGAAGUCUUUGAAAAGGAAUUCACUUCAGGAGACGGCAAGGAAGCUCAUAAGGACUUUGGUCCGUUUUAUGGGUCCAGCUAUGUUGCUUCUCCUGAUGGACAGCUGAGCGAGUUUUUGUCUCGAAACAAGGAUGGAUUGCUUAUUGCUGAAAUGGAUUUGAAUUUAUGCAGACAAGUCAAAGAUCAUUGGGGAUUCAGAAUGACUCAGAGACUAGAACUAUAUGCUGAGAGUUUCACGAAAGCCGUACAGCACGACUUCAAGCCACAGAUUGUUAAAAAGUAAAUGGAAUGUAGGUUGAUUUAAUAUUAUAC